AUGAGAACAGCCAAAUCUCUCGCCGUUGACGAGUGAGUGAAGUAUCGGCCCCCAGAACACCGUCGCCCACGAGGUCGAGGCUGCCCCCACAUGUUGCGCGACAGGUCGCCAUAGACAACCGAACGCAGCCCGACCGAAACAUCUUUGACGCUGUUCUUCUACUCCCCUAUGCAACAGCAUUACUAUCCAACUCGAUAAGGUACCCUUUUCGCUCCCGGUCGCGGCUUUGAUCGCGCUGGUGUCGUUCCAUCGUCAGCGCCAAGUUCUCGGACCCCAGCUUCAAUUCUUGGACCACAUCCGAUCGACGCGAUGGCUCAGAUGGUUCCUCACGUUCGUCGUCAUCAAGUCCGCAAAUAGAUUCCUGGGUCGUAUGGCGAGGAAUAAUGGCUAUUAUGCCGCGGAUCCUCCACGGUGGAGUCGAGUCAAGGUGCGUGGGCGAAGUGGCGGCCCUCCUCGACGAAAGAGUUCGAAGGGGCCGAUGACUGACCGUGCCGGGAAAAUCUGUCGGGGCGUCUUUCACCUCUAAUACAGGGAAAGGGGGACGUGGUUCUGAUCACCGGCGGAUCGACAGGAAUUGGCAAAGAAGUCGUCGAACUGCUCGUCAAAAAGACCAAUAAGAUUGUCGUCUUCGACAUGGCCGAACCGACGUACAACGCCGCGUCGGGAGUCCACUUCUUCAAGGUCGACAUUACGGACCCUGAAGCGAUCGCUGUGGCCGCUCAAAAGGUUCGGGCCGAAGUGGGCCACCCUACCAUCAUUGUAAGCUGACAUAAAACUUUGUCGGAUCUUCUUGAGCCGGCUUCUGAGCUCGCUGUGGCUGAGUUGCUGACCACGAUCUUGCCCGUACAGGUCAAUAACGCUGGCAUCAUCCAUGUAGCCCCUCUUCUCAAGGUGACACCGGCCUCAAUGAAGAAGGUGUUUGCUGUCAACGUAAUGGGUGCUCAUAAUAUCUUGCGCGAGUUCCUGCCCCACCUGAUCGCAAUCAACCACGGCCACGUCCUGACGACCGCCUCCUCCGCGGCGUACGCGAGUGUGUGUGAAUCCGCUGCAUACUCGUGCUCGAAAGCGGCAGUCCUCGCUCUUCACGAGACAACACGGGCCGAGCUGGUUCAUCGGUACAAGGCACCCAAAGUGCGCGUCUCGAUCGUCUGCCCGACCAAAGUCGCGACACCUCUUGGCGAGUUCUUGGAGGACAAGUCGCUGCAGUUGUGAGUCAACGACACGUGGUGCCAGACCAUCAGAACACUCGGCUCAUUUAUGGACUGCUGGCACACUCUUUGUGUUACUCACUUCACACACAGCCUCUUCCCGACAAUCUCACCCAAGUGGCUCGCAGACAAAAUGACGACCACCAUCGAGUCGGGCCUCUCGGAGCAUCUCGUUCUCCCCCACUACGCGUCGCUACUGCCUGGCCUUCGCUUCUUCCCCGAAUGGUUCCGGUGGGUCUUUGAGAAAGCCGGUAGUGUGCAUAGCAUGACGUCCGAAGCUCGCACGGCCAACACUUCGAGCAAGAUCUACACCUUCGCAAAGACGAACUUUGAUGACCGAACGGAGUGA